GCUGCCCUCCAGAACUCCUCCCUGGGGACAGCCCCUCCCAGCCAAUUGCACAGCCUAGGUCCCCCUAUAUAACCCCACGGCUGCAGGCCCUUCCUUUGGGUCAGUGUCACCUCCAGGAUACAGACAGCCCCCUUCAGCCCAGCCCAGCCAGGUCUCCUACACCGCCACCAUGCCGUUCGGUAACACUCACAACAAGUUCAAGCUGAAUUACAAGCCUGAGGAGGAGUACCCCGACCUCAGCAAACAUAACAACCACAUGGCCAAGGUACUGACCCUUGAUCUCUACAAGAAGCUGCGGGACAAGGAGACCCCAUCGGGCUUCACCCUAGACGAUGUCAUCCAGACAGGAGUGGACAACCCAGGUCACCCCUUCAUCAUGACUGUGGGCUGCGUGGCUGGUGAUGAGGAGUCCUAUGAAGUUUUCAAGGAACUCUUUGAUCCCAUCAUCUCGGAUCGCCACGGGGGCUACAAACCCACCGACAAGCACAAGACUGACCUCAACCAUGAGAACCUCAAGGGUGGAGACGACCUGGACCCCCACUAUGUGCUCAGCAGCCGCGUCCGCACCGGCCGCAGCAUCAAGGGCUACACGCUGCCCCCGCACUGCUCCCGUGGUGAGCGCCGGGCGGUGGAGAAGCUCUCCGUGGAAGCUCUUAACAGCCUGACUGGCGAGUUCAAAGGGAAGUACUACCCUCUGAAGAGCAUGACGGAGAAGGAACAGCAGCAGCUCAUCGAUGACCACUUCCUGUUCGACAAGCCCGUGUCCCCACUGCUGCUAGCCUCAGGCAUGGCCCGUGACUGGCCCGACGCCCGUGGCAUCUGGCACAAUGACAACAAGAGCUUCCUGGUGUGGGUGAACGAGGAGGAUCACCUCCGGGUCAUCUCCAUGGAGAAGGGGGGCAACAUGAAGGAGGUUUUCCGCCGCUUCUGCGUGGGGCUGCAGAAGAUCGAGGAGAUGCUUUAAGAAACGCGGCCCACCCUUCCUGUGGAACCCCGAGCACGGCGCCUACGUGCUCACCCCCAUCCAAACCUGGGCACUGGCUGCGUGGUGGCGUGCACGUGAAGCUGGGCGCACCUGAAGCAAGCCACUCCCAAGUCGAGGAGAUCCCUCAACCCGCCUGCGCCUGCGAAAGAGGGGUACAGGU